AUGAAGCGCCUUGAAAUUGCUGCAGAUGCUGCAAAAGGAAUCGAGUACCUCCACACUGGCUGUGUCCCGUCAAUUAUCCAUAGAGAUUUGAAAACGAGUAAUAUUCUUCUCGACCAGAACAUGAGAGCUAAGGUUUCGGAUUUUGGCCUCUCGAAACUAGCAGUCGAUGGAGCUUCUCAUGUGUCGAGCAUAGUUCGAGGCACCGUUGGUUAUCUUGAUCCCGAGUAUUACAUCUCCCAACAAUUGACAGAUAAAAGCGACGUUUAUAGUUUCGGGGUCAUCCUUCUCGAGCUAAUUUCUGGUCAAGAAGCGAUUUCUAACGAAAGCUUUGGCCUCAACUGCAGAAAUAUAGUCCAAUGGGCUAAAAUGCAUAUCGAGAGUGGGGACAUACAAGGAAUUAUAGACCCUACGUUGCACGAGUAUGAUAUCCAAUCGAUGUGGAAAAUAGCCGAGAAGGCAUUGAUGUGCGUGCAGCCCCAUGGAAACAUGAGGCCCUCGAUUUCUGAGGUAAUAAAGGAGAUCCAAGAUGCAAUCACGAUCGAGAAAGGUACCGAAACUGUUAGGGAAGGAAGCUCGGACGAGAUUUCGAGGCAUUCGGUCCACUCGUCUUUAAACACAGGGUCUAUGGAUAUGGGAGCCAGUGAUCAUUAUUUGUCCAUUGAUGACUCCAUUGCGCGGCCUGCUGCUCGAUAG